ACGCGCACAGCGCUCUGUGCAGUGAAAUAUGAUCAGCACCACUCUACUGGUUCGCCUCAGUUUUUUCAGGUCAGGGAUGCACCGAUAAAACAAAGGAAGGAGGUUUCCGUCCUGUGGGUGGUAAUUAUCAUCCAGCAUAGAAAACGAAAAGUGGCAGCUUCAAACACACACUGCCACAUCACACACCGAGUUUUCUGGCAGCGCAAAGCACUCCAACAUGCAGCUAGGACUUUUGGUAAUGUUUCUUUUCUGGGCGAAAACUUCGUUGUGCGUCCCGCAGCAGAGUUGCCAUCCAGGAGACGAGUAUUUAGGAAGAUGCAGCAACAGUGCAUAUGAAGAAAAACCUAAAUGCACAGAGCUGAACCUGGGCUAUUGUAAUGAUUUGGAAUACUCUAGAACCAUAUUCCCUAACAUCCUUGGUCAUCGGACUCGUUUGGAGGCAGAGUCAGGGGCAGAGUACCUCCUCCUAAGUGUCAUCCAUGGCCUUUUGAAUGGGGAGUGCUCCCCUGAGAUUCGUCUUGUAGGUUGCUCAGUACUGGCCUCACCCUGCCGAGAUGACAAGAUGGUCAAACCCUGCCGGAGCACAUGUGAGGCACUGAGGAAGGACUGUAUACAUGCCCUUGAGGCCAUUGAGAUGGCCUGGCCUUAUUUCCUGGAUUGUGACCGCUUCUUUGCCAGUGAUCAAGAAGGCUGCUUUGAUCCGCUGGCAGGGCUGAAAGCCAGACAGGAGCAAGCACUGUCCAGUCUCUCUCCUCAGGAGCCCAGUACUAUCAUUCAGUUCACCUACACCUCCAAUGCACAGAUGUACAGCAUCCUGAAGAGAACAGCAGCCAAGUGCUCUCAUAUCUCCCACGUCUACAGCAUCGGACGGAGCACUGAGGGCAGGGAUCUACUGGUGAUUGAGUUCACCAACAACCCCGGACACCAUGAGCUUUUAGAGCCAGAGGUCAAGUUGGUGGGCAACAUGCAUGGCAACGAAGUGCUGGGCCGCCAGCUGCUCAUCUACUUGGCCCAGUACCUGUGUUCGGAAUAUAUCCUGGGAAACCAAAGAAUUCAGACCAUCAUCAACACCACUCGCAUCCAUAUUCUAGCCUCCAUGAACCCCGAUGGCUAUGAGCUAGCCGCCUCAGAGGUAGAGGAUAACAAUGACCCGGAGCUCAUCAACCAUGAAGGUCACUUGUUGAAUGGUUGGACCAAUGGUCGAACCAACGCCCAGAAUAUUGACCUGAACCGGAACUUUCCGGACCUUACGUCCAUCUUGUACCGGAACCGACGCAGCAGGCACUACCGUACUGACCACAUCCCGAUUCCCGACGCAUACUGGUUUGGGAAGGUGGCACCAGAGACUUAUGCAGUGAUGAAGUGGGUCAGGUCUCUGCCUUUCGUUCAGUCUGCCAGCCUCCACGGAGGGGAUCUGGUGAUCUCCUAUCCAUUUGACUACUCUAGACAUCCUCAUGAGGAGCGGAUGUUCUCCCCCACUCCGGAUGAACAGGUCUUCAAGCAGCUGGCUCGCACAUAUGCCGAUGCUCAUGCCACUAUGUCAAACAAUGACACAGAGAGGUGUGGUGCCUCCUUUUAUCGAACUCGGGGGAUUAUCAAUGGGGCACUGUGGUACAGUUUUGCUGGUGGUAUGUCAGACUUUAAUUAUUUACACACUAACUGUCUUGAGAUAACCGUGGAGCUUGGAUGUGACAAAUUCCCCUCAGAGGCUGAGCUUUACCCAGAAUGGAAGAGGAAUAAAGAAGCUCUCCUCAGUUUUCUUGAGUCUGUCCACAGAGGAAUAAAGGGAAUAGUUAAGGAUGUUAAUGAUAAUGGAAUAAAAGAUGCAACAAUCUCCAUCAGGGGUGUCAGAAAAGAUGUCACCACAGCUGAAGAAGGAGACUAUUGGAGACUGCUUAACCCUGGUACUCACAUCGUGACAGCCACAGCCAAAGGUUACUCCAAGGUCACCAAGAGAGUUUAUUUGCCUCACACCAUGAGAAAGGCUGGACGUGUUGACUUUGUCCUGCAGAAGGUUCCCGUGGAGCCUGAUAUUGAUGACCACCUCUUCCCCACAGCAGACACAUGGGAUCGAUUUGACCCCUACAACCAGUUUGAGCAAUACAGGGAUCCAGAUGUGGGUGAUAGUGGGAGAGAGAGGGAGGAAAAACCAUGGUGGUGGAACUACUUCUCCCAGUCUGGUAUCUCACCUCCAACCUGGCUGCUGAGAAAUGUGUAGACACAUUUGGGACAAUAAAGAUCCUGAUUACCACCUCCACCACAUAAGGAGACUGGUGAAGGACCAUUUUACAUCCAGUCCCACUGGUGCUCUCACAGGCGUUUAUGUAGCAGGAGCUGUGACACUAACCAGCAGUAACCGAACACAUUGCAGUACUUCCUGUAAGGAUGUGAAUUAGCAUUUUUUUCCAACCGGCAACACAUUUAAUUUUGGGUUGUGAGUGAGAUUUGGGGGCAGCAUUGCUUUGAAGCAGCAUUUACUGGAUAAUGAAUGAAAUAUGGAUGCCACAAUCAUCCCCUAAAACCUCAUCACAAUUAAAGAGAUGGGACUUGAUAUUUUGCUAACAGUUUUACAACACUGCAUCUACACACAUUUGUGUACAUUAAAAAAUGAGUUGGGAUUUGUUAUGUUUAUUUUUUUAUGGGCAUGUACAAGUAAAUUUCUUGUAACAUUUAUCCAUAUUUUAUACAAUACACAAAAAAUUUAAGCCCUCUGGACCAGUAACAGCAUGUGACAUAGAGCUUGGAUUAGCAGCAACACUGUGCCAUCUCAAAACUGUAGUAAGCCUUGCUUUUUCCCCACAAGCAUAACAAAUAAAUAGUGAAUAUUUCUGGCACUCUUUUGUUUCAAUUAUAUUUCAACUUCGGGGAGUGGUUUUCGUAUUAUGUCAGUAGAGGGCGCAAGAGAACAUAUCAUGGUAUUUUCGUCGACUUCAACAAUGAAUUCUCUAAUUAGCGUAAAGUGCAUUUGUAUUCUUCAUUAAAGAGUUUAUACAUUUCUUUA